AGCGGAAGUGCUGGCCGGUGGAUCACACUGUGGUCAUGGAGGAGUCUGGGUUCAGGGAGCCCGUGCUGGAUGCCAAGUCGGAGGUCACGGGCCAGCUUAUAGAUUUUCAGUGGAAACUGGGCAUGGCUGUGAGCUCUGACAGCUGCAGAUCUCUCAAGUAUCCUUACGUGGCAGUGAUGCUGAAGGUGGCAGAUCACUCUGGCCAAGUAAGCAGCAAGUCCAUCGAGAUGACAAUUCCACAAUUUCAGAAUUUCUACAAACAGUUCAAAGAAAUUGCCGCUGUAAUUGAGACUGUGUGAAAACUGAUUCGUUAUUCUAAAGUAAUGGACCCUUCCUUCCAAAUGAGAACUGCAUAUGGACCACAGGACAUCUAUACAGUGAAAGCUGUGCUUCUGGGGCUGGAGAGAUGGCUUGAAGGUUAAGAGCACUGGCUGCUCUCUCAGAGGACCCAGGUUCAAUUCCCAGAACCACAUGGAAGCUCACAACUUUCUGUAACUCCGGUUCCAGGGGACCCGGCGCACAUGCAGGCAAAACGCCAACGCUAUAGAAUAAAAAUAAUUAAAAGAGAAUUUCACUUCUAGUUUUUAAAAACAAUUUUUUAAAAAAUCAGAUAAACAUUUAUUUUAGUGGUGACCAAUACUUAGCCUAGUCAGUGAGCUAAAAGUGGCUCUGUUGACCACUGGUGUGUAUAAUUAUGAGUAAUUAUAUCUUCAUAAAUAGAUGACUAGUGAUGCUAUUAAAUGCAAUACAGUUUUGUGUAUUAGAACAUUUUCAAAUCUUAUUGAUAACAGAUCUAACUUAAUAAAAUCUUGUCUGGAAUUUAUAUGAAGUUAAGAAGGUAAUUAAUAAUCGAUUAAAACUGCUUCACAAAUUCA